GUCGAGCAGGUUUGAACCGUUGUAUGAAACUCAUGCUGUGGAAAUUGGACACAUUCAAAGCAAACAUUUCUGCUGUCUGAAGCGAUAAAAGCCUGAAACAGCCAUGAACGUUCAGCCGUCAAAUCCCAACAACCCCAUUGUGUUCUUCGACGUCAGCAUCGGAGGGCAAGAAGUGGGCAGAAUGAAGAUAGAGCUUUUCGCUGACAUCGUUCCAAAGACUGCAGAAAAUUUUCGGCAAUUCUGCACUGGAGAAUUCAAGAAGGACGGUGUUCCUGUGGGAUAUAAAGGCUGCACAUUUCAUCGGGUUAUAAAGGACUUCAUGAUCCAGGGUGGCGAUUUUGUCAAUGGUGACGGCACUGGCAUCUGCAGCAUUUACCGGGGACCAUUCGCAGAUGAGAACUUCAGAAUGAAACACUCUGGUCCAGGACUCUUGUCAAUGGCCAACAGCGGACCAGGAACAAACGGCUGUCAGUUUUUUAUUACCUGCACAAAGUGUGACUGGUUGGAUGGAAAGCAUGUGGUAUUUGGAAAAGUAGUAGACGGUUUACUUGUCAUGCGAAAAAUUGAGGCAGUGGUCUUUAUAAACUUCAUUGGAACAGCACAAAACAAAAUUUCCAGCACCAUCACCCUGCCCAAUGCAGAUUUGUGAUUCAUCACUGAAUAUCACUCAAAUCCAGUCAUCCACAGUCCAAAAUUGUCUAUUUUUAGCCCACCGAAAAUCUUUUCUGUUUACAUGUUAAUGAUGGUUUUCGCUUGGUUUUUCUGUACAUAAAUCUAAUUUCUUUUAGGUGAUUCCUUACAGUCUGGUCACAGGCAUUGAGUCGUUUCUCAUUUUCUUUGUUGCGCACUUUCUGUUUUGAAGGCAUAUUGCUUUAGGUUUUCUGUCUUGACACACUGACGUAUUCCUUGGUCACUUCUACAACCUUUACAGUUGAUUUGUACCGAUUUUAGACACGGCUGACUGUGAACAACCAACAUCUUUUGCAACAUUCUGUGAAGAUCCUCUCCUUUGUUUCAACUGACAUCUCUCAUGUUGGAACCAUGAGUUAUGUCAGCCAGCGCUCUUUUUUUUUUUAUAUUAUUAUUAUUUUUUUUUUAUUAUUUAUUUAUGUUUUUUUUUUUGUUUUUACUGCAGUCUAGUUAACAGUUGUAAUCAGAUACAGAUGUUUGUUUUAAAACUGCAAGUACAUUUUUUUAUUUCAUCAAUUGAAAGGAUGUCUGGUGAUGAUGCAUCAUGCCAUAAGGCAAAAUUUGUCCAAUUUUUCUUACAGGAAAGACAUUCAAUGUUAAUGGGAUGGCCUGCAAGCAGUCCAGACCUCAACCCAAUUGAAAUCUGUUUUGGAAACUAUAGAAAGUUCUCCAUGACAAGGCUACAACCUGCAAAUCUGAUCCGCCAAGUGCAAUAAAACAAAGUUGGAGACCGACCUUCGAAGAAUACUGUAAAUCCAUGUCUCAGAUAAUCCUAUGGUGGUACUAGUGUACUAGCAGUGUUUUUAUUUGGUGAUUCCAUAUAAUAUUCCUCAGAUUUGUGUGAUUCCAUUUUUUUUUUCCUUUGUUUGAUCUGUUAAAACAGUUGUAAUUGACUACAGUCUUGUUUCAUACAGCCAGAAGGUUGGAUUAUUGAAUGGAAAUAGUUUUGUGGCAUGUGAUUCCAUAUUUUUUUUGCCAGGGGUUUUAGUAACUAAAACCAACAAAACAUUGUUAUGUAGCAUUAAGUGAUGCUGAAACAUUCAUUUUAAUUACCUACAUUACCAGUCAAACGUGUUCACCAAGGCUACAUUUUUUUGAUCAGAACACAUUGGGUAACCUUGUGAAAUAUAAUAUAUUGUAUUUGUAUGAAAAUGUUGUUUAACACCAACAUUUUAGUGAUUUAAAGCCGAUUUUUUAGCAUCCUUUACUCACUGAGAUCAAAUUUGUUUUAUAUUCACACAUUUGGACUUUCUCCUUAAUAAUAUAAUUUGAGAAAAGCAUUAUUUGCAUUCUAAAUGGUGAAAUAAUGUUAGCAGCCAGUGACUAUCAAAGACAACAUUGUUCACAGUAAAAUAAAUAGUGCUAAUGUUGUGUUCAAGUCAUAGACCCUACAUGUGAGUUCAGACCGAAUAUUCAAAGUACCAUGGUAAACAAUAUAGGAAGCAUGUCACAAGUUGUCAAUAAAUGAAUAUGUGAAAUAUAAAA